GACCUACACAAUAGCUCAUGGCAACACCGGAUCCUUAACCCACUGAGCAAGGCCAGGGAUUGAACCUGCACCCACAUGGAUACUAGUAGGGCUUGUUACCGCUGAGCCACAACAGGAACUUCCAAUUGCAAAUAUCUUAGAUUUUAUCGGCUAUACAGUCACUACAGCAACCACUCAGCUGUGUAGAUAGGGUGAAAAAGUGACCAAAGACAAUAUAGAAACAAAUAGACUUGGCUGUUUAUUUAUAAAAGUCGGUGGAAGAACAAAUUUGCCUGGCAGGCUGUAGUUAGCUAACCCCUGGUCUAGAGAAUGAAACGAACAUUAACUGAAUAACCAUGCCUGUGGUAACAUGUGCAAAGGCCCUGCGACACUUAGGACACAUAUAGCUUGGUGUGGAUAGAAGGCCAGUGAGGCUGUUGCUGAGUAAAGAAAGUAUCAUGUAAGUGAGGCAAGCAAGGGCAGGAGAGACAGACUCCUGGUCUUUUAGGACACUUGGGAUUUUAGUCUUUACCGUACUAAUAGUUGGCAGUCAUUGGAUUAUGUUAAUCAAGAUGCUGGGAUGACCAGACUCACUCUGAGUGUUAUUAAAAUGAAUUGGAUGAAAGGCCUUCAUCUGAAACAUAAGAGCAGACAUACUUGGCCCUGUGUAUCGGACAGCUCAUUAUGAUAAACAGGUCACACACGUUGCAGAGAAGUGUUUUAUAAAAUAUAAAUGAUACCAAAAACUACACCAGGACAUUUUACAGGAAGCCCCCCAACCAGCGGGUCAUGUGUAUACUUUUGAACUUCCCCUGUGGACAACGGCAGUCUGAACUCACCAAAGAGCUCGUUUUGUUUAUGUUAACAGGCUUCCUUCACCGGGGUAACGACUCCUUAGGGUGCUCAGGAAAGCGGAGGAACUUCUCUCAGUCUCUCAUUCUGUCUUUCUCCUCUCCCUCUCCCAAGCAUAUCUGGGUGCUGCCCGGAGCCCCGGUCUGGCUCCAAACCCAUGAAAAGUUGUCAAGCAUAAAAGCCCCCCCAAGAAUGAGAUGGAUCCUGGGGCAUCCUCCCCCGAGAAGCAGGACAAAGAGAAUUUGGUGGAUCAUCAAGGAGUACGAACGCGCUGUCGUCUUCCGCCUGGGACGCAUCCAAGCCCAAAAAGCCAAGGGGCCAGGUUUGAUUCUGGUCCUGCCCUGCGUAGAUGUGUUUGUCAAAGUUGAUCUCCGGACGGUCACUUGCAACAUUCCUCCACAGGAGAUCCUCACCAGGGACUCUGUGACCACUCAAGUGGAUGGAGUGGUCUAUUACAGAAUUUACAGCGCGGUCUCAGCAGUAGCCAAUGUCAAUGAUGUCCACCAAGCCACGUUUCUGCUGGCUCAGACCACUCUGAGAAAUGUCCUAGGGACACAGACCUUGUCCCAAAUCUUAGCUGGCAGAGAAGAGAUCGCCCAUAGCAUCCAGACCUUACUUGACGAUGCCACCGAGCUGUGGGGGAUCCGGGUGGCCCGCGUGGAGAUCAAAGACGUCCGGAUUCCUGUGCAGCUGCAGAGGUCCAUGGCCGCGGAGGCCGAGGCCACCCGGGAGGCCAGGGCCAGGGUCCUUGCAGCGGAAGGAGAAAUGAAUGCUUCUAAGUCUCUGAAGUCAGCCUCCAUGGUGCUGGCCGAGUCCCCCAUCGCCCUCCAGCUGCGCUACCUGCAGACCUUAACCACCGUGGCCACGGAGAAGAAUUCCACCAUCGUGUUUCCUCUGCCCAUGAACGUGCUAGAGGGCAUUGGUGGCAUCAGCUACGAUAAUAACCACAAGAAGGUCCCUAACAAAGCCUGAGGGUCUGCGGCAGCCAGCACUUGCUCAGGGAGGCGUAACGAUUCCUAUGCAGAACCCAGCAAUUAGACGGGUUGAGAACUGCAACCCUAUUCAAGCAGAGUAACUCCACAGCUGGAAUAGCAUUAGCAGGGAAAUGCCAUAGAGGCUAUAAAAAGGGGGGUGGGGGGAAGAAAAGGGCUCUAUUACUAUUACUUUCUGAGAAUGUUAAACCAUAAUUUCCAUUAUUCUAACCCAGGAGUGGCUUUCCCAGACUUAGAGCAGGGACUUUCUCGCAGUAGGGGGAAGAAAUCUUUGCGUGACUGUGACUAAGAUUUCAGAAUUACUUUUUAAUGGGUUUAAGAAGCACUCUAGAUAUUCUGCAAAGUAACACGGACCUUGUAUUUAUACUAGCUCUUUGCUUUCUAAUCCCAAAGAAAUUACUGGCUAAAUUUCCACUCGUUACAGCAAAACCUCAGAAGGCUUAAAAUUAUAAUCGAUUUUGGUGUUAAAGACGGAAGAGGUACUGAGGUUUCCAGCCGCAAACGGAUCAGCACCUGCUCCAGGAGGCUCGCACGCCACACUCACCUGACGAGAGUGGUGGCCGAUCUCAGCCUCCCAGCGCCUUUGUCAGAGGGUGAGACCAGACAAAAUGAGGCUGCAAGCUCCGGUCAGCUGAUCUGCUUACAAGUGAGAACACGUGUAAAAGGUUUUGUGGGUUGAAAUCACUGGGGACGAUCAGCCUGUGGACUUUAGAUUUUCGCCCUCUUGUUAAUCCCAGGAGCCACAGCAAUCAAGAAUUGUCUGUCAGCUCUAUUCUCCCUCUCCAAAAACAAAACAAAAAAGCCCAAACCUCUUGAGAAUAAAAAAGCUAUAGAAUGUGAAUGUAUUUAAAAAAUUGCUCUGUUGGAGAUUACUGUGUUGCUAUGGUGCAGUUUUCUUUGAGCAAUGGGCUAGAAGUUUUUAAAGCUCCCCUUUAUCGAGUGUCUGCUGUGUGUCACACUGUGCUCAGCCCCAUGUGGACGCUAAGAAGUAUCCUUAUUUUAUAGAUGAGAAGGUGAUGUCAGGAGGCUGCGUCACUUGUCCAGAGUCCCUCAGCUAGUGAGUGCUGGGUUGGGAUUUAAAAGUAGGUCUGACUCCAAAGUUCUUGCCCUUAAACAUCCUUGAGUUUUCCUGGGGGGCGGGGGAGGAAGGGGGUGAUAGACCUUCCAUUGUUUUUUUGGCUUCAGUACCAAUCUUAUGGGUUCUAGAAGUCUGGGUGCUGACUAUGGUUUUCCACUGUGUCUAGGACUGUGCACACACACAUGCUACAGGAACUCCCACACACUCACACGCCCCCCAGGUGACUCCCACUUCACAUGCCUUCCCUCCCUCUGUCCCCAUCUUGGCUCACACCCCCUCUGCGAGCUCCCCAAACACACAUCCUGUCAACAUCCGGGUAUGACCUGCAUAUAAAUGCAAAAUGGGAAUCCCACUCAAUCACUGGCUUCUAACCUAUUUUUUCCCAUGAAACCAAAUCAUACUUGGUAUGAUUUUGGGGCAAGUCACAGCUUAUGAAUUCGUUCGUAGAUUGUAUUGCCUCUAGGACUGUAGUAGUCAUUUUUUACUCAGUGAGCUUCGUAUUUUUCCCUUAUAACCCAAAUACUUGCAUUUUAACAAGAAUUGAGGGCAGACAGAUCAUGGCUUAUCCACAUCAGACACAAUCUGAGUCCAUGAAGUCACACUGUGAAGACACUUAACCAGUGUCUACAUCUCAUGACCCUACAUGUCAUGGACAGUGAUGCAGAGAUGCAGCAUUCAGCCCUGUUCAAUCUUUAGCAUCGCAAUAGGCCAGUUAUUACAUUACUUACUAACAGCUGAUUAAAGAGGGCUCCUUUGAAAGUAAGUAGAUCUGGGGGCCGAGGGACCGUGGAAGAAUCAGAAAGGUCAGGGUUCUCCUGAAAUGUGAACGUCAAGGAUGAAAGUCAAAAUACAGUCACACUGGCUUCCAGAAUAAGGCUAA